AUGCUACGCAAUUUUUUGGAAUCAAAACUUAGAGAACUUGAACAUCCGGAUGUGUGGUUUCAACAGGAUGGAGCUACGGCUCAUACGGCAAGAAGGACAAUGGACGUUUUAAGGGAAAUGUUUCCAGGACGCGUUACGUGGAGACGAUCCCAAGCUUCGACACGCAAGCUAAGUAUAACUAAUCCUUCGAUCCAUCGAAUUCGCGAGUCUAGAGCCCGGAGACACGAAUCGCAAUGGAUUGCGGAAAAAGCAAAGCUUGUGAAGGCACGCGGCAGAGUCAAGGCGCAAUUGACACUCGCGCGUAAUUGGAUUAGGGUUUUUGACAUACAGAAUCAGCAAAUAGAGGAAGUAGAGGUUAGGUUAAGCGCGAUACAAUGCGCGUGGGACGAAUUUCGCAAAACGCAAGACGCUCUCGAGGAUCUAGACGCGGACGCAGAACACGAUGGCGAACGCGAAUUAUUCGAGGCCGAAUAUUACGCGACGUCCGCAACGGCUAAAGCGCUUAUCGCACAGUACGGGAGAAGGCGAACGGACGCGCAGGAAGUCCGGAAUGUCAAUAAUGACGGUAAUGGCGACGCAAGCAAUUCCGUCAAUCGGAUAAAGUUACCAACGAUUAACUUGCCGACGUUUACUGGAUUCUACGAUCAGUGGCCGAAUUUCCGAGAUAUAUUUAAAGCGGUUGUCGACGAAAAUAGUCAGCUAUCCGAUAUCAAAAAACUAUAUUAUCUAAAGCUAGCACUCAAGGGUGUAGCAGCGGAUAUUCUGGAAUCCAUGGAGAUGUCCGCCGGCAAUUAUGAGGUCGCGUGGAAUAUCCUUAAGAAUCGCUUCGAGAACAAAUGCGUUUUAGUUCAUCAUCACAUACAAGCGUUGAUAGAAUUUCCCGUAAUGCAAAGGGAGUCGUCCGCGGGAUUGCGUCAAUUGUUAGAUCAUACCGAGAAACACGUUCGCGCCCUAAGAAAGCUUGGCGAGCCCACGGGACAAUGGGGCACCAUUCUCGUCCAUAUAAUAACCGCUAAGUUCGAUAAUAUCACAAAACGCGAAUGGGAAAACAAAGCAUCUGCCAGAGAGGUCGCGACAUAUGAGCAAUUCAUCGAUUUCACUAUCGAUCGGUGCGUAAUGCUAGAGACGUUACAACUCGACAAAUCAAAAUCUGCGAAAUCGCAAAGUAAUGAUCCUAAGUCCAUUAACGUGAAUAAAAAAUCAGUUGCGGCGGUAACCGCCGAGGCAAGACCAGACGAAUGCUUAGCAUGCAGUCAGGGAAAGCAUCGAUUAUAUUCAUUGUCCGACUUUCCUCAAUUUAACUCCUCAGGCGAGAGUCAUAACGUCGAGUCAUGCAGCUCCGGUACAUGUCGACUGUGUCACAAGAAACACAACACGUUGCUGCACAUCUCAAAGGGCGAAGGUGCAGAGUCUGGAAAUAAUAGCCGAACCAUAACCACCGAGUCGCAGACGCUUACAGAGUCACCAUCAACAAGCGUGGCGCAUCAUGCCGUUCGUCUCAGCGAUCGUGGGUUACUAGCAACGGCGAUUAUCAACAUACAAGACAGCAGAGGAAGCGUUCGAGAAUGUCGCGCCUUCCUCGAUCCUGGAUCUCAACCCAAUUUUAUGACGAAAGAGCUUUGUGAACAAUUAGGCCUUCCACAGAGAAGAAAUUACAUGCAGAUCCGCGGCGUCGACAACGUUCAGACAGCAACAUUCACAGAGACUCACGCUACAAUACAAUCCAAAUUCAACGCUUUCAAAGCUAAGCUCACUUUCUCGAUAUUACCCGAAAUCACAGUCAAUCUCCCCUUGUCGGAGAUCAACAAGAAGCAUUUGCAGAUACCAGAGACGAUCACUUUAGCCGAUCCAUCGUUUCACACGCCUGGAAAGAUAGACGUAUUAUUAGGAAGUGCCAUAUUUUGGGAGCUACUAGGCGUCGGCCAGAUCAAAUUGGGAAAAAAUCAGCCAAUUGCACAGAAAACGAAAUUAGGCUGGAUCAUCGCUGGACCUUUAGGCCUCGAAAGGUCGUCCGAAAGUUCAUUCGCAUCUGUAUCUAUCGUCUCCAAUACCGUCACACUCGAAACGCAAUUGGAGCGCUUCUGGCAAGUAGAAGAAGGCAAUACCCCUUCGGAAUUAUCAGAGAACGACAGGAUCUGCGAAGAGGAAUUCACUCGAACGCACAAACGCGACGCGGAAGGACGUUUCGAAGUUCGAUUACCAUUAUGUGACAGCGUGAAUCGAUUAGGAGACUCGCGAAAAAUUGCCAUCAAGCGACUACAAUGCAUGGAACGGAAGUUUGCGAAAUCACCAGAAUUAAAGCAACAAUACGAGCUAUUCAUGCAAGAAUACGAAGUAUUAAAGCACAUGACCAAAGUCUCGAAUCAGGAAGAAUCGGGGAUAAUUAUUUACCUGCCACAUCAGGCAGUCUUAAAACCCGACAGUUCGACCACGAAACUCAGGGUCGUAUUUGACGCGUCGUGCCCUACAUCGUCAGGAGUGUCACUCAACAAUAUACUACGCAUCGGGCCUACCAUUCAGCAAGAUCUAUUCUCCAUAAUUUUGAGAUUCCGUCAACAUCGAUUUGUCAUUGCAGCAGACAUUAAACAAAUGUACCGACAAGUACGUGUGCAAGAAGAUCAACGAGACUUGCAGAGAAUACUAUGGAGGCAAGAGUCGAGCGAGCCUAUCCAGGAAUAUCGUCUUAAUACCAUUACAUAUGGCCUAUCCAGCGCACCGUUCCUGGCCAUUCGAUGUUUGCAUCAGAUCGCAAUCGAAAACCAAGACCGAUAUCCUGAAAUAAGCAGAGUCCUUCGUAAUGACUUCUACGUUGACGACUUGUUGUCCGGCGGCAACGACAUAAACGCAUUACGUCAGCUCAAAGAUGAAUUAACCGAGAUGUUACAAUCUGCAGGAUUCUGCCUUCACAAGUGGAACACGAACGAGCCCACGAUCCUUGAUGCGUCUUCGGACGUCCAGGCGUUACCAAGAUGUGACGAGAUCAGGACACUAGGAAUCGGCUGGAACACCACCGACGACUGUCUCCAGUACCGGACGCACACUAUAAAGGGAAAUCAGCGUACAACGAAACGUACGGUGUUAUCGACUAUUGCUCAAAUAUACGAUCCGUUAGGGCUAAUGGGUCCUGUAAUCAUUCGUGCCAAGAUCGUACUUCAGCAGCUCUGA